AACACAAACUCCCAGAAUAGCAGUAGGCUACGACUUCUGGAAGCCUCAGGAAAAAAAAUGGCUGAAGUAGGUUCACCAAUAACUCGACAAGUAACUACAGAACAUCGGGAAAUUGGGACCACCUCUGUCGAUAUUCGUCUUGAAGACGUCGAAGAUUGUUUAAUUUACGACCGGCAGGGAGUCGCUACUCCGUUCAAGAAAUUAUAUCAAGACAGGAAAUCGAUCAUAAUUUUCGUGCGGAAUUUCUUGUGCUACAUCUGUAAAGAAUAUGUGGAUGAUUUGAGCAAAGUACCUAGAGACACACUGCAGGGUGCUAACAUUAGACUGGUUGUGAUUGGUCAGUCUGCUCAUCAUCAUAUAGAGCCAUUCUGCUCACUAACGGGGUAUCCUCAUGAAAUAUACGUUGACCCGGAGAGGUGCAUUUAUCAAAAGCUUGGGAUGAAGAGAGAGGAGACAUUUACAGACUCAGCCCACCGUAGUCCCCACGUGAAGUCUGGUAUCUUUAUGGGACAAGUGAAGAGUAUAUGGAGAGCCAUGACUAGCCCUGCAUUUGACUUCCAGGGUGACCUACAUCAGCAAGGUGGAGCCAUCAUUGCAGGGCCAGGCUCUCGUGUUCACUUUUCCCACUUUGACAUGAACCGCCUGGACCACAUGCCCAUUAACUGGCUUCUGCAGCUCGCCGGAGCUCAAGAGACUCUGGACUUCAGCAACAAGCCAAAGGUCAUCCAUGUGUAGCCAGCGUCUAACAUGAAAGUGCACUUCGCUCUACAUUGUUAUCACGCGUGCAGGGAUGCCCACAUGAUGCUUGUUUAGUUACAUCACCAUUGUGCACUGACAAAUACAGUGUGUGUGUAAGAGAGGUAUGAAUGCAUUACUGUUUUUUGCCAAGUUACAUUUUCUACCUUUUCUAUGAGUUGUUCAAUUAUUUGUUAUGUUGUUUAAUCUGUUCCCAUGCUUAGUUUAAUGGUUGUUUGGUUAAUAUUUAUAAAUAGGCUACUCAAUAACAACUGAUGUUAGUAGUUGGUCUUAUCAGAGUAUUCUAUUUAAACUCACUUUUAUCAGCAUGUUAAUUAUACUGAAAAUAAAGUUUAAUUACUA